UUGGGACUGUCAGACAAUAAUACUGGUUCCGACUAUACUGGCCUGUGCAGUUUUCCAAAAUAAUAGGAACGGUCACGCGUUUCGCGGCACCCAUGAUGCCACUGCACGGUUUAGUUAAUUACUGUGCUAUUAGUUUAGUGUUUUGAAAUGUACGAGGAGAGGAUUUGGCUGUUGUUUGCCGUGAAGGAAUCAGAGGAAGGAGGAGGAUAAAACCCAAAGCCGGCUGAAGGCACCCUGUUCUGUUUUUUUUACACUGGACAUAUUUGCACAUUAGUGCCGAUUGAACCUUCGACCUAUAUCUUAUUGUCUUUCUAUUUUGUUUGGCAAUGCCGUGGCGUCAGACAUUCAGUUGCUUCCGCCUUUGCCUUAUCCUACCUGCAUGAUCAAUCGCAAACGCGAUUUGCUUCCAUUUGCGCACUGCCUGGUUUCGCUUCCUAGUUAAUUGCUCGUGCGGUAAGCUGUAUGUCUGUUCGAACCGUGUGUAUGUUACAAUCAUGACCAACAGCAUUGGUGAUCAAACGCCAAAUGAACGGAACGAGGUAUUUGAGGAUUACUUAAUAUACUACGGUCAGGUUUGGCAACAUGGCAACGUGAAAGUGUGUAAAGACCGACAGGUGACAGAAAAGGCUAGGCACGUAUUGCUGUCAGAGACGGACCCAGUGGAAAGAUUCACAACCUUUGACUUCUAUCACACCGCGUUCGAGUGCGUCAGCCUCGGGGUAAGAGAUUGUAGAAGUGUAUUUCAUGUGUUCAUAAAGGCCGCUGAAGUGCUGGAAACGCUCUGUGUCAACCUGUUCCUGUUCCCGUGGAAGAAGGAAAUAAAGACCAUUAAGACCUUCACAGGCCCUUUUGUCUACUGCAUUCAGCCAGUGCUCCCCAAUAAUAUUGUGAGUGGCAUUCUUGAAAGUAUUGGAUACCAACCCGAGUCAGACACAGAGUAUCGUCUCACACCGGAUGCAGACCAUGACCAGGCCAAGGUCAUGGGCUUUGAGCUCUUCCUGGCAAGGGUGGAGUGUGAAUACCUGCUGGAGGUCAUGGGGCAGAGGGCCCACGCCGAGUGCCUGGAGAUCCUCCAGAGGAGGGCCGGGCCCCUGAGCCCCUGGGAGAACCGUGGGGCUGCGGAGAACGAGCCCAGGAACGAGAGCUCGAGGGCGGGGAAGGACAGUAGCUUGGAGGUGGAUGCCGAGGAACAGCCCGAUGCGCUCCCGCUUGCCCAGCCUGCGGUGGUUGCCCAGGAACAGGAGGAGGAGCAGCAGCAAGCCGAGGGAUCGGUCAGGCCGACCGGGGAGCCAGAGAGCCACGCGCCUCUCCAGCUGGACGCCGAGGGGUCGGGGGUCGCAGCAGGUAGCCCUGAGUCUUCGGGGAGACACCGCGCCGGCUCCUUCAUGACCGACGACCGCUCCAUGCUGGAGAUGCAGGAGAACUACCCCGACCUGGCCAUCGGCAGGAAGUUAAUUUUCCGCAAGAACCGGGGAGGCUCGUACCCAACGCCCGGCACCAAGGUUCGUGGGAGAUUGGGGGACGACGGCGACAUCAUGCCAAUGAGGAAUUACGCCCACGUCCAUGCCCACGCCCAUGCACACGCCAGCGACCUUGGCAGCCCUCACUCCUUCUCCCUCCACACAGAGAGUCCAAUGGCAGCCGCCUCCAUGGCCCCCAUCAAGCCCCACCCCAAAGCCAGCCUCCCGGGGGACAUCCUGGAGCCCCAGCCUCUCAUGGUCAGCUCGGGCCCGGCCUCCAUGAUCCAGUACCGUGACACGGCCGCGCACGGUGCAGUGCCCAGGUCAGGCCAGCAGAGCACGCCUGUGAACACCCUUGAUUUCGAGGAGCUGAGCAACAGACUGAGGCAGCUGUGCGUGGAUGACCUGAAGUACCCCAUCGAGGAGACGGCACAGGGUCAGUCUCCCUGCACAGGCUGUGAUGAUCACCACCGGCCUGCUGCUGCUGCUGCCACUACAGCUCCCCCUCCUGGAUCACCCCGGGAUAACAGCCACCAGCCUAUCCUGUGUACCCCGUCGCCCCUCCCUGUCUGCAGCAUCACUGGCUGUAGCAGCCACCCCGGCCUUCAUGUGGGUCACCACGGGCUCCAGCUGGGGGAGGACACCAUCAAAGAGCCCCCCAGCUCCAUCUACAUGCCCCCAAGCCCCCUGGGGAUGUGUGGCCCGCCGCUGGAACCUCCGGCUGGACAUCUGCCAGCCAUCGCUGUUGCUGCUGCUCCUCCCGUGCCUCUGGGUCAACCGGGCUUGGAGGGCAGGGGAUCUGGCCAACAGCCAGAAGACGAACUCCUACAGACGUACGUCCUGGUGGAACACGAGAGGAAGUGACACACUUAAGACUAUAACUGACUGACAGACAGCCCGAAUGGCCAAUCAUUUCCUGUGGAUUGUAGGAAGUGGGUCGAAAAAUUCACACUCCCUCUGCCCACCAUCUUGGUGUAUUCCUGCCAUCGUAGCGAGGUCCAUUCGACAUGCUCUAUGACAGACCCUCUCAUGAAACGUGUCUUGCCAGAAAGCCACCCUGCCAGCCUGCGUUAAAUCAGGCCAGUGUAUUUCUGUCCUGCGGCAGUCUGCCAAGGGAAUCACCUACUUAAAACACAGCGAAAUGUAGAGAAAACGACUUGUAGACAACUCUUAAGCCGUUCAGGCUUUCCAUACGCCACCAUAUACCUGAUGUGACUGUCCACCAGAAAUAGUUGGCAUCCAUCCAACGUCAGAGAAGUAUAGCCUAAUUAAUAGUGCUUAAAACAGUUGUUGCCAUCCUGCUUUGAAACCACUCGUGGGAGUGGGAGUCACUUAAGGAUCAUUAUCAUGUCCUUAGAAAAAAAUCUUGAAAUGUUUCUCAGGUGAAAGUUUUUUUUCUUCAAUUAUCUCCAGUCAGCAUUGUAUUGUGUUUAUUGUGUUACACUUAGGAUGACUGCGAGGGAUACAAGCUUCUGAAUGUGCCUUACUUCGUUUGAAGCCAAAAUAUGCACUCAUUGUCUUUCUAUUGAUGAUUCUAUUAAUGAUUCCCAUGUAUUGAAUGAAAAAGAGUAUUGUGCUGUUAUUAGCUGAUUGUGAGACAUUUUUGCUAAUAAAGUUGAUGCUUUUUGUGGUGUCUGUAA